GGUGGAGGGACACAAAUGCGUAUAAAUAGCKCCUCGGAGAGGAACUGCGCUUGAAACGUGAGAUCCUCCCCUCCUGACCGUGGAUGGUGAGGAGGAAAAAAAAAAAAAGAAAAAAACGUUUUUUGUUUUCUUUUUCCACGAAAUGGGGGUGCAGAUGUGGCUUUUUUUCCCUGUAUUUUAAUGAGCUUUAGAYCUUACUUCAUGUCGGACUGAAGCCGGGGGAGGGGCCGCGUUAAGAGGUAAAAGAUAAAAAGGAUUAAAUUAACUUUUUUUUUUCCCCCGAGUUCCCUUUUUUUCCCCUGCAACCCUGCCCCACAACGCGAGGAGGAGGAGGGAGGGUGGAUGUUUGAGCAGCAGCCACAGAAAGACGAGAGGUGUCGGAGUGGAGAGAUCCGCAAACAGCCGCUCCGCAUUGUUCCGUCCACGCGGACCCCCGCCCCGGCGCGCGCCGCUUCGCUUCGCUUCUUCUCGUCCGAGGUGCGACCGAAAACCCGAGAAGACGCCGCCGGUUCUGCAUUUGUUGAUCCGCUUCCUGGCGCCCAGGAUGAGGUUCAAACGGAACGGCUCGUACACGUUAAACAGGAAGUCGAAGACGAAGCCGAAUGGAAAGAAGCCACCAGCGGAAGAGAAGAAGCUGUACUUGGAUCCGGAGUUCACGAAAAUCCGUGUGGUGGAUUUCGACCUGAAGGAGCUGGUGGUGCUGCCCAGGGAGAUAGACCUCAACGAAUGGCUAGCCAGCAACACGACAACGUUCUUCAACCUAAUCAACCUGCAGUACAGCACCAUUUCAGAGUUCUGCACUGGGGAAACCUGUCAGGCCAUGACCGCCUGGAACACAAUAUACUACUGGUAUGAUGAGAGGGGGAAGAAGACGAAGUGCACUGCUCCACAGUACGUCGACUUCGUGAUGAGUCUCUGUCAGAAGCUGGUCACAGAUGAGGAAAUUUUUCCUACAAAAUACGGCAAAGAGUUUCCCAACUCGUUCGAGUCCUUGGUGAAGAAGAUCUGCCGGUAUCUGUUUCACGUGCUGGCUCACCUCUACUGGGCGCACUUUAAAGAGACGGUGGCUCUGGACCUGCAGGGCCACUUGAACACUCUGUACGCACAUUUUAUCGUUUUCGUAAGGGAAUUCAACCUGAUCGACCCCAAGGAGACCUGCAUCAUGGACGACCUGUCCGAGGUCCUCUGCACCCCGGCCCCGCUGCCCGUGCCCACCCCGGCCCCCUCCACCCCGGCCUCGGCCCCCUCCCCUUCCUCACAGAACCACGUGACGGAGAGAUGAGCAGGGGCAGCGGCGAGACGGCGGCCCACCCCCCGGGAGGCGAUCGAAGAUAAGAGCGGAGAGAAGGAAAAGCAGCCUGGCUCCCCCCUUCCUUGGUGCAAAGCAGGACUUAAGAGACCUUCCCUUAGAUUUCGCUCCAACACCAAGCAGCUGGAAGGAAGACGGGGAAGGGUUUUCUGCGAGGUUUGGGGUUGGCGGGGAGGGGUUUGUCACGCCAGCGGGAAAUGGCGUGAGCGUUCCUCCCAGGGACAAAUCCCUCCCAUCUUCUCUGCAGUUUAAACUAGGAACAAAAAAAAUGUGUAUUUUUUGGUUUUAUUUUUYGUUUUGUUUUUGUUGGAAGUUUUAUUCAGUUUAUUUCAUGUUGUUUGAGGGGGUGCAGUGUGUCUGUCCACCUUCAUCCACMGAACAUAGAGAUACAGCACGGGGGAGGGGGGGCUCUGCUUUGCUUGGACCUGCUGAUGUAGUGUUGAGGUGUGGAGAAGAGGCUCCKCCUCUCCUCCAGCAGCCGGAGGCCGCCCCGGGCGCCUGGCUGCAACGCUGGCCAGCAGGGAGCCACGUCACCGCCCCACAGGGGCAACACUAGCCAAUCACUGUUUGGGUUCUUUCUGUGUGCAGCGGGGGGGCAAUUAAAGCGCUUCCUACUCAGGACCUGAGAGAAUAAGUCACUGCUGCCAGAGAGGACUUCCUCUCGCUUUCACUCUCUGUCCCGCCUCCUCCAAACUGACAAACGUUGACCAUGUUUAACCGCACUAUACUCCCAUAACCACCUAACAAAGAGUUCCCACCGCCCACCUGUAGAGGGCAGCGAACACACGGUGGACACGACAAACGGAGACAAAUUAAGAUUGUACUAGAUAUUUAAUCUCAUCAGAGAGUGGAUACUUUGAGACAGACUCGGUGCCCGUUUAAAGUAGAUCCCAGCUGCGUGCUUAUGUUAAGCGCAGCAGCAGCCCCUUAAACCAACGCCACCUCCCACCCCAGCAGCACAGAAGGACAAAGACAUGAGGUCAUGUCUGCAGGCCCCGAGGGACAGAGAUGAGACAGGAGGGGUGGGAAAACCUGGUGCUCUGCUGCUCUGCUGUAUAACAGUCACCUGUACUUCUUUCUCAAAACUAAAAACAUAGGUUUUAUUUUUUACAGGUUUUUUUUUUGUUUUGUUUUUUAAAGUUUAUCAGAGGAAAGUUAGUUUGGAAAUAAGAAUAUUGUCACAUGUAUAGAAAAUGCACAGUCUGCUUGGACCUUACUGUACAAAGAAUCACAAGCGGGUUCUGUCAGAUAUAGCCUCUGUUUAGAGGAGGAUUGAAUUUAUAAUUCUCCUUUUUUAUUUAUUUCAACUUCUUUUGCAGGGUUCCUCAGUUCUGGCUCAUUUUUAUGUAUUUUAAUUAAUAACUAAGUUAAAAGCAAUUUAAUAUUUUAAGCUCUGCGGAUUAUAAUCUAAUAAAAGAGAAAUGCCA